AUGUCUGCGUCCGGACGAACAUCAACCUCCAACCAAUCCACCGACCCCUCCGUGCCUCGACCAUCUCCUCGCCGCGCCUCUUCAGUUUGUAUUCCCAAGGGCAAAUGGUACGACUGCCUCCGCCCCACCGAACACCCUUACCAAGGCUUCGGCAGCAUCGCCAAUUUCGCCAACAUGUCUGGCAAGGGCACCCAAACUGAUGCUGGAGAGGCUUGGACAAGGGACAUCUAUGGCAAAAUGAAAUCAUUUAAUGCGCAUGACGUGUAA